CCUCCUCUCCACUAUUCGGUCGAGCAGCUCUCUCUCUCACAACUCCGUCCUUAUUAUUUGCUUUUAGCUUUGCUGCAAAAAUGGCGACAGCUGGUAAGGUCAUCAAGUGCAAGGCAGCAGUGGCCUGGGAGCCCAACAAGCCUUUGGUGAUUGAGGAGAUCGAAGUAGCCCCGCCCCAGACCAACGAGGUCCGCAUCAAGAUCGUGGCGAGCGGACUGUGCCACACCGACCUGUACCAUCUGUUUGAGGGCAUGCAUAAAGACGGCUUCCCUGCCGUCCUCGGCCACGAGGGAGCCGGCAUCGUAGAGAGCGUCGGGCCUGGAGUCAUUGAGUUUCAACCGGGAGACAAGGUCAUCCCCUUGUUCAUACCUCAGUGUGGAGAAUGUCGCUUUUGCAAGAGUCCCAAAACCAACCAGUGUGUGAAUGCCUGGGAUGUUGGUGUGAUGUCAAACCCAGAGUCCAGGUUCACCUGCAAGGGGAAGAAGGUCCUGCAAUUUAUGGGAACCAGUACCUUCUCUGAGUACACAGUUAUCAACCAGAUGGCUGUGGCUAAGAUCGACCCCGCUGCCCCUCUGGACAAAGUCUGUCUCCUUGGCUGUGGGAUCUGCACGGGAUACGGAGCGGCAGUGAACACUGCUAAAGUGGAACCGGGCUCCACGUGUGCCGUGUUCGGUCUGGGAGCUGUGGGCUUGGCUGCGGUCAUGGGCUGCAAGGCCGCAGGAGCCAAGAGGAUCUUUGCCGUUGACAUCAAUCCGGAUAAGUUCGAGAAGGCCAAGGUGUUCGGGGCGACCGACUUCGUGAACCCCAAGGAUCACAGUAAGCCCGUGAGCGAGGUGCUGUCCGAGAUGACCGACGGAGGAGUGGACUUCUCCCUGGAAUGCGUCGGGAAUGUGGCGGUCAUGCGCAGCGCCUUGGAGUCGUGUGUGCGAGGUUGGGGCGUCAGCGUGCUGGUCGGGUGGACGGACAUGGACGACUUUGCCGCCCGCCCCAUUCAGCUCAUCGCUGGACGCACCUGGAAGGGCUCCUUGUUCGGAGGAUUUAAGAGUAAGGACGGCGUGCCUAAGAUGGUCAAAGCCUACCUGGACAAGAAGAUAAUGGUGGAUGAGUUCAUCACUCACAACAUGGCUCUGGAGCAGGUCAACGACGCCAUUGAGCUGAUGAAGCAGGGCAAAUGUAUCCGGACGGUCCUGAGUAUUUCCCCACAAUAAGACCACCGCGUCGCUUCCAGCCGCGCAAGUCAUUUUCUGUCAUGGCUGACGGCGAUGUUGUACCGGAUCUCAACGCUGUACACCAGGGGUGCUCAAUACGUCGAUCGCGAUCGACCUGCCAGUCGAUCGCGCUGUAGUAUGGUAGAUCGCAUGACAUAAAAUAAAAUUGGCCCGCCCCCCUGUCACUUUCUCUAUAGCGCCACAUUACAGCAGAAGCAUGUCAUUUCUGUCUCUACGUGUCGCGUUAACAGUCCUCUGCCCGCCGUCUUGUGCGCCGCAGAGCUCCGACACCGGUUUGCGCGCAUCGGGACAGAGAAAAAGUCACUAGCACCCCCCCCCCCCCCCACCCCGUCAACAACUCUUCUCGGCUCGCGCACGGCAGGUGAGCACACUCUCACUAGCACCCCCCACCCCCCGUCGGUCGAUCGCCUUGACUUGGUCACACAAUAAGUAGCUCGCAUGCUGAAAAAGUGUGAGCACCCCUGCUGUACACAUAGACAAUGCACCCAAUAAAGAGAUUGGUCAAAUAUG